AUGGCUAGCAAACCUCUCCUAUUGUGGAUCUUCACUCUUCUUCUCUUGCUCCCUCCCUCAGGUACACACACACUUGAACUAGACGGGGUAAAAAUUCAUGCCGUGGUCCGACCAGUGAGGCUCCACAGCCAGCAUAAGAGAGAUUUAGAACCCUCCCGACCAGACGUGGUGAAGUAUGCUAUGAAACUGGAUGGGAAGGACAUUGAGAUGCAUCUAGAGAGAAACACUGGGCUGUUAACCAAAGACUACAGUGAGACUCAAUACACUGAAAAUGGCGCUCGGAUCACAACCACACCAAAGGAUCUGGACCACUGUUACUACCAGGGAAAAAUCUCGAAUGAUGAGGAAUCGAUCGUCAGCAUGAGCACCUGUGAUGGGCUAAGGGGCUACUUUCAGACGGCAGAGCAGAGAUAUCUGAUAGAGCCUCUGUCUGAAGAUGGUGAGGGAGACCACGCAGUGCUCAAGUUUGAUGAUGCCAAUAACGAAACCAAGACAUGCGGUGUCACAAACACGACCUGGGAAGGAGUUGAUUCCUUACCACCAAGAACCAGCAAAUCCCGUUCCAGAGCCUCACAACCCACCCUGCUCCAGCAGCAGAAAUACAUAGAGCUUUAUCUUGUAGCAGACACCAGAGAAUUCAAGAAGAUGGAUAGUGAUGAAAACAAGCUGAGGAAGAGGAUGUUUGAAAUCGUCAAUUACGUCAACGCUGUAUAUCGACCACUGAACACGUUCAUAGCACUCACGGGACUUGCAGUUUGGAAGCAACAAGAUAUGAUAUCCGUGACGUCAUCAGCAGGUGCUAAUCUUGACAAAUUCACGGAAUGGAGAAACUCAGAACUUGUUAAGGUCAAGCGCCAUGACAACGCACAUCUCAUCAGUGCCAUUGACUUUGAUGGUGCAACUGUUGGACUGGCAUACAUUGGGACAUUGUGCGGAAGUCAUUCCACUGGAGUUGUGCAGGACCACAACCCUCGAGCCAUCGCUGUCGGGGCAACGUUGUCCCAUGAGAUGGGACAUAACCUGGGUAUGAAUCACGACUCGGGCGGCUGCGUCUGUCCUGCAGCCAGCUGUAUAAUGGCAGCCGCUCUGAGCUACAGUGUACCACGCGAAUUUAGCAGCUGCAGUACACAGAGCUACGAGAAGUUCCUGGACACGCGUAAUCCAGAGUGUAUACUGAAUAAACCAGACAGAAACUCCCUCGUUUCUCCACCGGUGUGUGGGAACGGCUUCCAGGAGAAGGGUGAAGAGUGUGACUGUGGUACCUUGCAGGAGUGCACCAACCCUUGCUGUAAUGCCACCACCUGUAAACUAACAGAUGGAUCAGAGUGCGCUGCUGGUGACUGCUGCCAAGACUGCAAGCUUGCACCACCCACGCUGGAGUGCAGGGCCAAGCAUGACGAAUGUGACCUAGCGGAGUAUUGCACAGGGAAGAGCGCCCAGUGCCCGGAGGACGUCUUCUCCGUCAACGGGAUCCCCUGUCAGAACGGGAAAGGCUACUGCUACAACGGACAGUGUCCACAGCUUGCAGACCAGUGUGUCAAAAUGUGGGGAGGGACUGCUGAAGUAGCCGACAAGUCCUGCUUCCAGCAGAACAAACGAGGACUUUACUAUGCCUUCUGCAAACGCACCAAAGACCAGUACAUACCCUGCCAAUCACAGGACAUUAUGUGUGGGAAGCUGUUCUGUAAAAACGGCAACUCAAAUCCAAACUAUGGUCGUAUGGUCAUGUUCAAUAACUGCAAAGCCACAUUCUACAGUGACAGCGACAAUGACUUUGGGCAGGUGGACAGUGGUACCAAGUGUGGAGAUGGGAAGGUGUGCAGCCAGAACGAAUGCGUGGAUCUGGAGACAGCCUACCGGGCAACCAACUGCUCAGCCAAGUGCAAAGGUCACGGGGUGUGUAAUCACAAACUGCAGUGCCAGUGUGAACCAGGAUGGCUGCCUCCCAACUGUGAUCGAAAGGAAGACCAUCCGCUGCCCUCAGGCGGAGUGAUAGCUAUCGCAGUGAUCGCUUGUCUCUUGGUACUGGCCGGCCUGAUUAUAGUGGGUGUGUUGCUGUGGAAACGCCGGAAAGCUGCACCAAGCUCUACAGGCCACCGUAUGCAGAAGAAAGGUUACGCUGUCAACAAUGCCCGUUUCAAUGCUCCGCACCAAACUCCUUCUAACCAAAGUCCCUCCACGACAAUACGACCCAAAGGGCCCCCACCCCCACCUCCUGCUUCAAAAACGUCUCGACCUCUUCACCAGAACUUCGUCGAAGCCAGAAAGGCUCUUCGUCCACCUCCUCCAAGGGUGUGA